AUGGAGCGCUGCAAACUUGUAUCCCUACUGGCUGCUUGGCGUUAUCAUCGCGGUGUCUGUCCAUCGGCCCGCCGCCCGCCGCUCGCUAUCACCGCGGUGCCCUCAGUCCAUCGGCCCGCCGCCCGCCGCCCGCCGCCUGCCGCCCGCCGCUCGCUAUCACCGCGGUAUCAUCUGUCCACCGCCGCGCCGCUCGCCGCUCGCAAUCACCGCUCGCUACUCGCUAUCACCGCGGUGCCCUCAGUCCAUUGGCCCGCCGCCCGCCGCCCGCCGCUCACUAUAACCGCGGUAUCAUCUGUCCACCGCCGCGCCGCUCGCCCCUCGCAAUCACCGCUCGCUACUCGCUAUCACCGCGGUGCCCUCAGUCCAUUGGCCCGCCGCCCGCCGCCCGCCGCUCGCUAUCACCGCGGUAUCAUCUGUCCACCGCCGCGCCGCUCGCCCCUCGCAAUCACCGCUCGCUACUCGCUAUCACCGCGGUGCCCUCAGUCCAUUGGCCCGCCGCCCGCCGCCCGCCGCUCGCUAUCACCGCGGUAUCAUCUGUCCACCGCCGCGCCGCUCGCCCCUCGCAAUCACCGCUCGCUACUCGCUAUCACCGCGGUGCCCUCAGUCCAUUGGCCCGCCGCCCGCCGCCCGCCGCUCGCUAUCACCGCGGUAUCAUCUGUCCACCGCCGCGCCGCUCGCCGCUCGCAAUCACCGCUCGCUACUCGCUAUCACCGCGGUGCCCUCAGUCCAUUGGCCCGCCGCCCGCCGCCCGCCGCUCACUAUAACCGCGGUAUCAUCUGUCCACCGCCGCGCCGCUCGCCCCUCGCAAUCACCGCUCGCUACUCGCUAUCACCGCGGUGCCCUCAGUCCAUUGGCCCGCCGCCCGCCGCUCGCUAUCACCGCGGUGCCAUCUGUCCAUCGUUCCGCCGAUUGCUAUCACCACGGUGUCAUCUGACCGUUUGUGGUGACUUCAACAGAAAGUGAGAAGUCGAGCGCUGCCUCUACCCGUAUCCCCGUUACAAGUGUUCCGGUGUACAUUAAGAAGUCUCAGAUUUAAAGGCUACAAAUGCCUAGGAUAACAUGUCUAGAGAAACGGUGAACGGAUGCCAGGAAUCUGCUGACCGUAUUCGCCGGCGACACGUCUCGGCCCGUGUAGCUGCUGCGAGGACACAAGCUCUAAACUACAAUUAACCUUCUACCAAAGACUUAUGUAACUCCGUAUAGACCGAUAAAGUCUAAGAAAAAAACGUACUCAAAACCAUACAGAAAAAGGGUCAAUACUGCUGCGUGGAAUGCGGAGGAUCGCAGUAACUCAAGCUGCCCGGCCGCCAGGUACCUAGGGUCAAUACUGAGGCGUGGAAUGAGGAAGAAUCGCAGUAACUCAAGCUGAGCGGUCGCUAGGGUCGCUAGGGUCAAUACUGAGGCGUGGAAUGAGGAAGAAUCGCAGUAACUCAAGCUGAGCGGUCGCUAGGGUCGCUAGGGUCAAUACUAAGGCGUGGAAUGAGGAAGAAUCGCAGUAACUCAAGCUGAGCGGUCGCUAGGGUCGCUAGGCGCAGGCGCUAAACCGAGCUGAGUACGACGCGUGGGUGGCGCCUACCGGCUGCAACUCAACUAAACAGAACCCGUCGCAUGGGUCAAUACUGAGGCGUGGAAUGAGGAAGAAUCGCAGUAACUCAAGCUGAGCGGUCGCUAGGGUCGCUAGGGUCAAUACUAAGGCGUGGAAUGAGGAAGAAUCGCAGUAACUCAAGCUGAGCGGUCGCUAGGGUCGCUAGGCGCAGGCGCUAAACCGAGCUGAGUACGACGCGUGGGUGGCGCCUACCGGCUGCAACUCAACUAAACAGAACCCGUCGCAUGGGUCAAUACUGAGGCGUGGAAUGAGGAAGAAUCGCAGUAACUCAAGCUGAGCGGUCGGUAGGGUCGCUAGGGUCAAUACUGAGGCGUGGAAUGAGGAAGAAUCGCAGUAACUCAAGCUGAGCGGUCGGUAGGGUCGCUAGGGUCAAUACUGAGGCGUGGAAUGAGGAAGAAUCGCAGUAACUCAGCCGAGCGGUCGCUAGGGUCGCUAGAUGCAGUAGAACGAAGAAGUAGCUGGCAACUUGAAUGCAAGUGUGCAUUAGAUGGCGCCACCAUAGCUUUGCCCGGACAAGAGUUUUGCUCUAUGAGAUUUGACUUCUAAUAUUAAAAUACUUGGACCGAUUCAGGGAGAAGAACGCGCUUUAUCAGCACACUCACGCUCCUUUGAAAGCAAAAGCAUAAUAUUAUUGUUAAUGUAUUUUUUUCUAGUAUGUAACUUGUAACGUAAUGUAACGUGUGUUGUCAUGUAACUACUGAAUUUUUGAUUGACAAAUAAGUUAUCAGUUAGUUAGUUGUAUUAGGUAAUUAAUUUAAUUGAAAUUGUGCACACAUGCUCCCGCAAUUUGGCAAUAUCAACAACGUUUAUUAAAGUUUUUCGAAUGCAUAUCGCAAAUGUCAGAAUAUUCUGUUCAUAAAAGUUAUGGAUUGUCAUGCCUUUUUCCAAUGACCCUUAUUUAGGGUAAAGUAACACCAAACAAAGUAUUUGUGAGACAGUUUAACCUUUUGGCCGCCAGAGACUUAAACGGAAAAUCGUGACCACGACGCCACUUUUAUGUUAGCAUAAUUUCUUUACCCAUCCUUAAUUUACCCCCGUGGUGUCAGUGGCACGGUUUUCCGUUGACGUCAUUUGCUGUAUUUGGCGUUCAAAAGGUUAAAAACAUAAAAUUUACCAUAAAUUAAGACCCAUAAAAUUGUAAACAUCUGCGGCGAUUUAUGAUGAUUGUGUUAACUAAACGUAACAUAAGCAUUUGUAAAUGUAAUCAAUUUUAGCAUAUUACUUACCAAAACUCACCUGUGCUAUUCCAUUUCCCUGUUAUCCCCAAUCGUGCUGGUAGCAGCGAAGUGCAAUGCUUUAUACCUUUCCCCAAAAUCUCAGUCCUGCGAGUGCGAGGUGCAAAAUGUAAGUAUUUAUCAAAAAGGGACGGCUGUUUCGCAGGCUAGAUAAUGUUUCCUCCUCUCUUGUACUAGGCCGACUAGUACUCCGAUGCGCCUAUCUCCUCCUUCCUUAUAUCCGUAGCUAGUUAUCAGAAAAAUAAAAAAUAAAUCAUCCGUUUGUUUUUCUUAUGCAACAGGCGUUUAAAGGAGGUCAAAAAAGACAAGUGGCGUGGGUAACAAUUUGAGGCGAAGUAUUUUUUGACUCAGUUAAACAC